AUGCUCAAGGUGUCAGCCUUAUUGUGUGUGUGUGCGGCGGCUUGGUGCAGCCAGACUCUUGCAGCUGCGGCGGCGGUGGCUGUGGCCGGGGGGCGGUCGGACGGCGGUAAUUUUCUGGACGAAAAACAAUGGCUCACCACAAUCUCUCAGUAUGACAAGGAAGUCGGACAGUGGAACAAAUUCCGAGACGUAAGUGAUGAAGUAGAGGAUGAUUAUUUCCGUACUUGGAGUCCAGGAAAGCCAUUUGAUCAAGCUUUAGAUCCUGCUAAGGACCCAUGCUUAAAGACGAAAUGCAGCCGCCACAAAGUCUGCAUUACUCAGGAUGCUCAGACUGCACUGUGCAUCAGUCACCGGAGGCUCACACACAGUCUGAAAGAAGCAGGAGGAAGCCAUAAACAAUGGAGAGGCCUCCCUCCAUCCACCUGUAAGCCAUGCCCUAUAGCCUAUGCCAGCCCGGUCUGUGGUUCUGACGGUCAUUCCUAUGCUUCACAGUGCAAAUUAGACUAUCAGGCAUGUGUCUUAGAAAAACAGAUCUCUGUCAAGUGUGAAGGACGUUGCCCGUGUCCCUCCGAUAAGUCCAUGAGCACCAGCAGAAAUGUUAAAAGAGCCUGCAGUGACCUGGAAUUCAGAGAAGUGGCAAACAGACUGCGAGACUGGUUCAAGGCCCUUCAUGAGAAUGGGAGCCAGAACAAGAAGACAAAAGCAUUGCUGAGGCCCGAGAGAAGCAGAUUUGAUACCAGUAUUUUGCCAAUUUGCAAGGAUUCACUUGGCUGGAUGUUUAAUAGACUUGAUACAAACUAUGACCUGCUAUUGGACCAGUCAGAGCUUGGGAGCAUAUACCUUGAUAAGAAUGAGCAGUGCACCAAGGCCUUCUUCAAUUCCUGUGACACGUACAAAGACAGUUUGAUAUCUAACAAUGAAUGGUGUUACUGCUUCCAGAGACAACAAGACCCACCUUGCCACACUGAGCUCAGCAGUAUUCAGAAGCGACAAGGGAUAAAGAAGCUCCUAGGGCAGUACAUACCACUCUGUGAUGAAGAUGGUUACUACAAGCCAACCCAGUGCCAUGGCAGCAUAGGGCAGUGCUGGUGUGUUGACAGAUAUGGAAAUGAAGUUGUGGGAACAAGAAUAAAUGGUGUUGCAGAUUGUGCUAUAGACAUUGAAAUAUCUGGAGAUUUUGCAAGUGGAGAUUUUCGUGAAUGGACAGAUGAUGAAGGUGAAGAAGAUGACAUUAUGAAUGAUAAGGAUGAUAUUGAAGAUGAUGAUGAAGAUGAAGGGGAUGAUGAUGAUGAUGGGGAUGACCACGAUGGAUAUAUUUGA